AUGGUAGUUGAUUUACCCCAGUUUAAUAUGGAGGAGGAUGAAGCGAGAGAAAUCUCUUUCCGUGUGUGGAUGUGCGGAGGGAGUCUGGAAAUCAUCCCCUGCAGCCGCGUUGGACACGUCUUCCGGAAGAAACAUCCAUACGUCUUUCCAGAGGGAAACGCCAACACGUAUAUUAAAAACACCAAGCGCACCGCGGAGGUGUGGAUGGACGAAUUCAAGCAGUACUACUACGCGGCUCGUCCCGCAGCCCAAGGGAGGCCUUACGGAGACAUCCAGAGCAGAGUGGAACUGCGGAAGAGGUUGAAAUGCCACAGCUUCAAGUGGUACCUGGAAAACGUUUAUCCCGAACUUCGGAUUCCUGAGGAAUCGCUCUAUCAGACGGGGAUGAUCAGGCAAAGGCAGAGCUGCCUGGAGUCGCACAAGUCUGAAGCCCAAGAGUUGCCCGUCCUGAGCUUAAAUCCUUGUAUCAGCAGCAAAGGCACAGCAGCAACGGCACAGGAAUGGACAUACACAUACAACCACCAAGUCCGCCAGCAGCAGCUGUGCUUGUCUGUGUACACCCUCUUCCCAGGUUCCCAGGUGCUGCUGUCACCUUGCAAAGAAGGUGACAACAAGCAGCGAUGGGGUAAAGUUGGGUCGCACAUUGAACACAUAGCUUCACGCUUUUGUUUGGACACUGAGACGAUUGGGGACACGAAUGAGAGCACCAAAGAGCUCGUCAUCAACCCUUGCGAGAGCACAGCCAUGAGUCAGCGCUGGGACAUGACAUUUAUCAUCAUGGUGUGCGCCGAUCUACGUGACAUCGAUAGGUGUAUCUAG